AUGCAGCGCGUCUCAUCCCGGCUGAGUUACCUGUUCCUUCACUUGGUCGCCUUCUGCUACUACGCACAGGUAACCAAUCAGUCCCCGCCUAAUUUCACGCAGCAUGUAAGCGAGCAGAGUAAAGUGACGGACCGCGUCAGCCGCAGGUUGAUUCGGACCUACCAGCUAUACAGCCGGACCAGCGGGAAGCACGUGCAGGUUCUGCCCAACAAGAAGAUCAACGCAAUGGCCGAGGACGGAGACGUGCACGCCAAGCUCAUUGUGGAGACGGACACGUUUGGGAGCCGUGUGCGCAUCAAGGGAGCUGAGACGGGCCUGUAUAUCUGUAUGAACAAGAGGGGCAAACUCAUUGGCAAGAAAAACGGGCAGGGUCGUGACUGCAUCUUCACGGAGAUCGUGCUGGAGAACAACUACACGGCGCUGAAGAACGCGCGCUACGAGGGCUGGUACAUGGCCUUCACGCGCCGCGGGCGGCCCCGGAAGGGCUCGCGGACACGUCAGCAUCAGCGCGAGGUCCACUUCAUGAAGAGGUUGCCGAAGGGCCAGCAAGUCUCCCACCCCGCGCACCCCCGACCCUUCGACUUCCUGCACCACCCCUUCAGCCGCAGGACUAAGCGCACGCGCUACUCGCUGCAGCGCUGA